UAACGGCAUUUCCGAUUGCACAUCCUGGGCCCUGCGAUUUGCGACCACAGCAAGCAAUGGAGCGAUGCUUCCGAGCUCUCAGCAUCAAGCCGAUAAGAGAACGAGGCGGCGUCGCCCCCGAAACAGCUCCGCAAGCUCUAGAGGCCGCGAAUUUUCUCGGAGCUCCCAUUCCUCUAUCGAGCUUGAAGGGACGCGCCAGCGUCCGAGCGUUCCCAGUCAAAGGGCUACCGCGGACGCCCAGUUCGAUUCAGCUCAAGCAAGAGGCGCGACCGCCGCCACCGGAUCAGACGCCGAAAUUCCUGUGAACGAACCUCCUAAAUAUAAGCGAAGUCUGUCGUUUUAUGACGUCGUCCAGCCCACUACACCCAACGCCACCACACCUCAGGAACAACAGACCGGUAGCACCGAACAUGGCAUGCGCAAACGGGGCAUUGCUUCUACGACUGAAUCACCUUUUUCGGUAGAACCAGGAGCCACCGACGGGCGACCAAAACAAGCUCGAGCAGUCGCCGAAGGCGAAGUCCAGCCUCCUCCAGGACAACGCCACACCUCGCAGCCGACACCGGUACUAGAGUCUGCUGCAGGCGCUCGGUCGAUCACAGCCCAUGUGACAUCUUCCACAUCGAACAAGGAAGCAGCCGAUGCAACCCUGACGGCCGAAGUCCGCAGUUCAAAGCUACCGCCUGGUACGGUUAAGGCGAGGACACGCUCCGGCUCUACCGUCACUCUGGCGGUGCCCAUCGACGCGGCCUCGCGAAGCGCACACUUGGGAAAGUCGUCGCCUCAAGACUCGGGGUCCCAGCGCGAGCCUUCCUUCUCGUCCUUGAUUAGAGGUCUCAAGACGUUGACCAGAGAACGCAUUGCAGAGCAGCGGGCCAGGCGACGAGGAAGCAAGUCUUCGAUCUGGGACUCGGAACACGGGCAGCGCGGUUCACGGAUAGUGGUCAGAGUAGCAGGGAUACCUAUGACAAAGCGGCAAAUCCUCCUCAUGGCCAUCUUAAUUUUCAUAGUGACAACCGUGACAGCCGCCGUCGUCAUCCUGUUCAGACGAGAGCAGGAAACUGCUCCCACAAAGCCGUACUGCAAGACCAACGAUUGCCUCGAUCACGCCUGGCGCCUUUCCGAUAAGCUAAAUAGCAGCCUCGAUCCCUGCCAGAACUUCGGGGCUUAGGUCUGUUCCGCUUGGUCCCCACCAAAGGGGUACCUUGAGCACUCUAACUCAGCCAUGGAUGACGUACGGAAAUCUUGGUUCCCACUGUUCGGAAAUAUUCUUAGAGAAGGCGCCAAAACAAUUCGGGUUGGCCACAAGCCGCUAGUCAUGUACGCCACAUGCAUGGGCGACAGUAAACAGUACGGCUCGGACGUGGAUAUCUUCUGGAAGUUCCUAAAGGAGUGUAGACUGUCGUGGCCGGAAGAGCCAGAGUCAAGUGACACCAGCGACCUCGAUGUACUGAUAACGCUCGCGUUCAAGUGGCAGGUUUCACUUUUCUUUCAAUUGAGACUACUGCGCUUGAGACCCGCACAGAAUUGGCGUUUGAAUUUGGAUCCAGCUCCACUUGUACCGCUAGUGUACCAGCAUCAUCUCACGAUCAAAAAUACCGGCGGAUACGCCAAGUACUGGGCUGCGUUCUUCUACAUCCUCAAGGGAAGGUAUGACAAGGAUGCGACGAUAAACCAGACGCUCAUAGAGACAACCAUGGUGUUGGAAGGGGACGUCUUUAGAAGACUCCUAUUCGCCAUGCGUCCCCUUGGAGUCCAACAACUACUGGUGCCAAUUGCCAAGAUUAGACUCUACACUCCGCAUCUGGACUCGAAGCAGUGGCUACGGGCAUUAAAGCAGUUGGAGCUUCAGCCUGAGAUGGAAUCCAACGACCAGGUUCUCAUAGCCGACAAAAACUUCUUCCAGACCAUGGCCGCCGUGAUGGCCUCGUUUACGGACACCCAGCUGCUGUCCCUGAUUGCGUGGUCUUGCGUGCAGCUCGUGGCACCGGCAGUGGAUUUGCAGCUGCUGAAGUACCGGUACGACCAAGGCGUCAUACUUUACUGGCCAUACUUCUGCGAACGUUUUGUCGAGACCACCUACCGACUCCUCGUGGUUGCUCUCACCUCUGUGUGGCGUUUCUCAAGACAGGAACGAGCCGUCAUCUCCGCAAACUUCGACCACCUGGUUGCAACUGCCAGCGCUUUGGUCAACGCCACAACGCCGCCGCUUAUUGGUCGUUCUUCAGCUCUCUGACUUCCUUUGUAUUUAAACAUUUUACUUUUAGUUAGCAACAAUGUGCCCAUCUGUGUGUCUCAGACGUCGAAAAACAUUCACGCCAUCUAUCGCGUUUGCGGGCUGUGUGCACUUUUGUUUAAUUUUUGUUUAAGCCCUAUUCAUGAACGUGUUUUCGAAGACAAUGUCCAAUGUAUUUCUUGGCUGUGUUUAAAAGGAUUUUUUUUUAUUUCAUCAAGAUUUUCUUUGUAAUUCGCGGCUGCCUAGCGUGCGUUUUCUAUGCCCGUCUGCCCUGCACCAUUGAAUAUUCUGCAGUUGGCUGAAGGGCACCUGGUGCACACUUACAGAAGGCUUGAAACAAGCUAAUAUUUGACUGAUUUGAACUGCUUCCCGAGCGAAAUUAUUCGUAUCAUUUCUCUAGUAACUGCUACACACAGAGUUCAGUGAAUAAAAUCUUGUUUUUGGCAAAUUCUCUGGCAGCUCGACUGCG